AUGGACGAGCAGGUUGACCGCCUGGUCAAUAAGACGUGGGCCAAAUACUGCUCUAUCCCCGACAAUGCUCGCCUCCUCAUCGCCGUCAGUGGCAUUCCCGGCUCUGGGAAGACCGAACUAGCCAGCACAUUGUCCAGACGUAUCAAUCAGAUCCAUUGCUCCGAGAAUCCUUCCUCAAAUACUCCACUCGCCACCUCUCUUCCCAUGGACGGCUACCAUCUCACGCGCGCACAACUCGCCGCAAUGCCCGAUCCCAGCCAUGCCUUUGCCCGCCGAGGCGCCGCUUUCACCUUUGAUGCCCCCAAAUUUCUGAGCCUGGUUCGCGCUCUGCGCGAGCCACUUACACCUACUGCCAAACCCAUCUACGCACCCAGCUUCGACCACGCGGUCAAGGAUCCCGUUGAUGACGAUAUUGCCAUUCCACCCACCACACGGGUGAUAUUCUUCGAGGGGAACUAUCUCAGCUUAAACAAAGAGCCGUGGGAUGAGAUUGCCGGAUUGAUGGAUGAGUUGUGGUUUGUUGAAGUGGACUUUGAAGUUGCCCGGAAGAGGUUGGUUCGAAGACAUGUGAAGGCAGGGAUCGCGGCAGACGAAACGCAGGCGGAUGUGAGGGCCCGGGAAAAUGAUUUGGUGAAUGGACAGGAAAUUGUGGACCAUCGAUUGCCAGUCCAAGAAGUGGUUUCGAGUAUCUUUGAUCCGACCUGGGAGAGACUUUGA